CACACACACACCAACACAAUGCGCUCCUCGGGAACUGUCAGUUGUGAGGAGGAGGAAGAAAAAACAGUUUCUAGAAAAUACAAAACAUCUCGCAGUCGUCGCAGUUCCGAGAAGCAGCUGUUUGCUCAAAAUCCGUACCCGCAAGAGUUACUGCGUUGUGAGACAAUUAGCUUUUAUCGUUCGCUUUACAAUAAGUGUCGCCAUUUUUGUGUGGUGUGUGUGUUGUGUGAAAAGAAACACGAAACCCCACAGCAGCACACAGUGAUGGCAAAGGUGAAAUACGACUGGUACCAAACAGAAACGGCCGUCACGGUGACGAUUCUGCUGAAAAAUGCGGCCGACAAGAACUACUCCGUCCAGCUGGAGCAAAACACGCUCACGCUACGGGCGGACGAUACCGAACCGCUCGUCCUGACGCUCUGGAACCCGAUCAACACGGAGCAGAGCACGCACAAAGCCACCCCGAGCAAGGUGGAGGUGAAGCUGGCGAAGCUGAUCGGCCAGCGGUGGGAAGCGCUGGAACGGAAGGCACCGGAGCAAUCGGCGGCGGCUGGCAGUGCGGCCGCGGCCAAGAAGAAGCACGAUUGGGACAAAAUCACGAAAGAAAUCGAAAAGGACGAUGAGACAAAGGACGACGUGAGCGACCUGUUCAAGAAGAUCUACGCCGACGCUAGCGAGGACACGCGGAAGGCGAUGAUGAAGUCGUACUACGAGUCGGGCGGCACCGUGCUCAGCACCAACUGGGCGGAGGUCGGUGCCAAACAGGUCGAAGUGAAGCCUCCGGAUGGAUGCGAAUACAAAAAGUGGUAGAGCGGUGGCGCACCUCCCACCCCUCCAAAAGGAAAAUCUCUCACCCUCAUCGCCGCACUGUGUAAACAACGCGUGUGCUGUUUAAAAAUCGUUUCUUUCAUCCAUUUUGGGCGUGAGUAAUAUAUCGUUCAUCUCGAUUUAUUUAUUUGCCAAUCACACUUCCGACGGGGGAAUCAGCAUGAUCGUGAAGUUCAGUCAGUACCCUUCGAUGGGAAGAACAUUUCUGCCGUGUUUUUGUAGUACUGAUCGGCCAGCUCGGCCGCCGGCUUUCCCUUAAUGCCCGCAA